CUCACGACCACAGUAUCAGUUAAGGUUCCGCACAGUCCACAACACAAUAGCAGCGUUGCACUUGCAGCAGCCCCGGACGCCCAGCCGACCUGAACAGUGAACAUCACGCUCGAGCGUGACUACCGCCUUUGCCGUUCAGUGUUUUCUUUUUUCUCCGGUACUGCGCGUGCGUGUCUAUUCGUGCGCACACCUGGCCGUGUGUUUUUCUCUGCGCGCGCGCGCUUGUGUGUGUGCGUGUGUGUGUCUUUAUUGUUUGCGUGUGUUUGUGCACGGCACUUACGCCGUUUGUUUUUUUGGCGAUUUUUCGCUAUCAAGAGUUCGUUUUCGUCUUUUUCGUCGUCGACACCACUUCGUCGUCGUCGACAUCACCGCUGCCACCGUCGUCGUUCUAUAACGCCGCACCGUCGUUUUCGCGACGGUAACUGUCACGCAGCGAAACACGCCCGCGUGAACGAUAGGGGUUCCCAGGGACCGGACACGCGUCGUCGUCGUCGGCACGCCGUCCUGCGGCUGUGCGCGCGCGAACGCAACCGUGGAAACCGCACGCUCUCGGAGAUGUGACCGUCGGACUCGUGGCACAGCCGCAGACGCUAGCCGCAAGCACGCGGUCCAGUUGACGCUAGCCGCCGCGUCCGCAGCCGCCAGCCGCAACAUGGCGUCGUCCAACACGGAUUCUCCUGGUACAAUUUAUAGAUGGAUAGAGAGGAAGCCACUAACAGAAGCAGUUAUAUGGACAUCUAGAGAAAAAUUUUGGUUGAUGACAUCUGCAUGUCAUUAUGGGACUCAUGAUUGGAAAUCAGUUGCUCAAGUAGUUCGAAAUGCGGGAGAACCGUAUAGGCCUCGAGAAUGGUAUACACCAAAAAGCUGUGAAUGCCAGUUUAAAAUUAUUAUAUCUAAUAGUAGCAAGGAAGUAAAGUCAUUGCCCCUUAAUGAUAUGCUGGAACACAUUGCUGAUGGCUUAAAAAUUGAUUACAUGCGAGAUGCUAAUAAAUCAAAAGAUGCUUUAAAAUCAAAGUACUGUAAUUUAUUCAGUGUUUUGAAUCGUGUAAAACAAGGCAAUUUGUCAAGAAAUGAAGUUGUUAGCCUUUAUUCACAAGCAAGAAGAAAUGAAAUUGAAGGUAAACAAUAUAUGGAUCAACUUAUGACCAGGCAAAAUGCUAGCUUAGCUUCUGAAAAUUCCAGUUCUGGGUUGAUAGAAGAGCAGCCAAUUAAAUGGAAUACGCCAUCCGCACCAUUAUUAACGAGUCUUCUAAGAUCUCGUAAUACUAUACCAGUUAAUAGGACUGCCACUAAUAUUGCUUCUUUAUUACAAUCUCCUGGCGGCACAUCAAGGACUAGAUCUGGAAAAUUAUUACCAUUAACUCCUAGCAUUAGAACUACACAAGGAACUCCUACACUUUCUAAACUCCUCGAAGCUCCAGCAAAUCCUUAUAUACCAAGUCCACCACAAUCAACACAGAAGAAUAAGUUAAGUGAAGUUGGAACAGAAAGGCUUGCUGCUAAUACUUCUAGAAAAGAGAACUCGCAGUCAACAUCAUUAAAUAGAGGACGAGUAGAUAAUAUGACGACACUUGGGUCUUUUAAUCAAGUCAAUAAAUCUGAUUUAUCAGCUACAAAAAAACAGACAUCUAAAAGCCCGGUUUCAGUAGUUAAAAAUGUAUCAAAAGCAAAUUCAAAUGUUGUUAAUCUAUUAAGUGACAGCGACACCGACGAAGAAACUAAAAAUACCAGUCUUAAAAGUUCGCUUGGAGAUAAAAAAGAUAUUAGUAGUAGACUUGAACCUAGAGCAACAAGAAGUCAAACUAGAGCAGAAGGCAGUUUUAAACAAUUUAAUACUAAACUGUCUGAUGGAAAAAAAGAACGUGAAAACUUGCGACAACAAAGUGGAGGAUCUCAAAUUAAUGAAACUCAAAUAAUUGACGAUGAUCUGAUUGAUGAUUUAGACCAAAUUGAAGUUGAACCAUUAUCAUCCGUUCAAGAUGAAAUACAAUCUCAAACUCCUUCUAAAAUGACACGAUCUUCCUUACAAAGACUUCGUCUAUUAAGCCCGGGAGAUAAUUUAUUGACAAAUACUAAAGUUAAUAAUAAAGAAAUAAGUAAUAAAAUGUUGGAGGAAAUAUCAGCUAACUUUGUUUUAAAUUCCACUUCAAAAAGUAUAGCUCCAGGGUAUAAAUGCUUGUUGGGUCUACCCGACGACCCUAGAUCUGAAAGUCUGAUUCCUGUAGAUAGGAGUGCUUGUAAAGAGGCCAUUAUGAUACGUAAAGAGAGCCAACUUGCACAAAAUACAUUAGCUACAUAUAAUGGUAAAUUAUUAAAACAAAAAGGAAUAAUUGAAAUAAAAGCAGGAAAUAUAAAGUGCGUUGAUAGUAGAAAUGAUUCAAAAUUAUUGUCAUAUAACAACCAACCUAUUGUAGUAGUUAAUAAAAUCAAAAAACCAUUUAACAUUCAAUUUGCUUCAGAGCAGAGGAAUAAAACUGAUGAUAUUGAAGUCUCAAACACUGAUGUUAAAAAACCUAUCAGAUUAAAUAAUAGUUCACAAAAUGUAGUUGAAUUAAUUGAUAGUAAUUGUUCAUUAGCUGCCGAUGACGUUAUUGUUAUUGAUGAUGAUAUAAACAUUAAUGAAGAUAAUAGAACAACAAUGAAAACUAAGGAGUUAAUAAGUAAAGGUGAAUCAAAAACCUUGCCUUCAACUAUUUCAAGUAAUUUAAAAUCAACUGUACAUCAAUUAGAUGAUAAAAAAAAUAAAAAUGAUAAAUCCCCAUGGAAUAUGUUUGGGAAGACCCAAACUAUUUCGGAUACUACAAAAAAACAUAGUCACCAAGAUAGUGCAUCUAAAAGUGGAACUAAUAGUAACAUAAACGAGUCUAACAACCGUUUCAUUAAAGAACUAGAUUUUGAUUUUGAUCAAUCGAUCUCUGAAUUAUAUAAUGGCGUUGAUGCAAUUGUUGAAAUGCACUCUUUUGACAAUGAAGAAUUAAAUUCUUUGAUUGAAUGUGGUUCGUUAGAUAGUAAUGAUACUGAGGAACGAAUUGAUUCAGUUGGUGCGGAUCAAGGUGAUUCUUCUGUGAGUGAAAGUGAUUCAACUAUUGGAGCAUUUGAUACCUUUGCUCAGAUCACUAGAGUACGACAAAAGUCAUUUACUCCUAAAAACAAUAAAUUAGAUAUCAAGGAUUUAAAGACUACAAACCAAGAAGUAAAACAUUUAAAAGAGAAUUUCUGUCAGUCUGAAGAAAUUUAUGAUGAUCAAACCUCUACAGCAUCAUCGGUCUCUGGAAUACCUAUUUUAAAGGGUGUUUUAUCUGAUGUUAUGAGUCAAAUUGGUUUAGAUAGUGUUGCAUCCCAUGAAGUACUACCUAGUACUGAUGUUGUUGAAAUAAGCAGUGACGAGGAAGUGAUGGUAGAUGUUCCAAAAGCACAUCCUUUAGAUGUCAAGCAAAUUCAAACACGAGAAAAAGAAGUGAAGUCCUAUAAAUCUCUAAAGAAUGACGAUGAAUUGAUAAAAAUACAUGAAAUAGAAGCUAAAAUGUACAAAGGAAUUAACAUGAAACAAGGAUCUAACACCAUUAAACCAUCAAAUCUUGAAAUGCCACAAUGUAUCGUUGUUAAAAAUCUUACAUCUGAUGCUAUUAGAACACCAUGUAAUAAAAUACUAGAAUUUAAGGAAGAUAUUGCUCAGAAAUACGACAAUCAGGCUAUUGAAAUGACGUUUGUCUCAAAUACUGUUAAUAUAAGGAAAGAUAAUGAAUCAUAUGAGGCUGAAGUCAAUCAACCACAGGAAAUAACAGUUAAAAUUGCCAAUGAAAAAUUAAUUAAAGAAACUGAAAAAAUGAAAAAAGAAGGUAAAGAAAGCGAAGAAAGAAAAAAAAAAGAUGAGGAAAGAAAGAAAAAAGAAGAAGACAAUGAAAGAAAGAAAAAAGAAGAUAGCGAAAGAAAAAAAAAAGAAGAAGAUGAAAGGAAGAAAAAAGAAGAUGAUAGAAUGAAAAAAGAACUUGAAAAGAAACGACAAUAUGAGUUAUUUGUAAGAAAGAAAAACGAAGAGGAAAGAAUUAACAAAGAAGAUUACGAAAGAAAGAAAAAAGAAGAAGAAGAAAGAAAGAUUAAAGACUUACAAGAAAAAAUGAAAUUAGAAGAACAAAAGAAACUCGAGAGAGAAAAAGAAGCCGAAGAAAGAGAAAAUGAAAUAAUUAGAGAAAAGUUAAAAGAUUUCCGCAACGCUAUGAGAGCUGAUUUAUUUAAAAUGCCAAUGAAUGCAGUUGUUAAAGAAGAACCUAUAGAUGAACCUAUGGAUUAUUUUCCUCCUGGCUUUUAUGCACACAGCAGUGGACGAUUAAUUAAGGAAGAAUUAAUAGAUGAACAAAUGUUCGAUGAACAAAUAGUACAUGAACAAUUAAUACACGAACAAGUAGUACAUGAACAAAUAAUAGAUGAAGAAAUAAUGAAUGAGGAAAUAGUAAAUGAAGAAAUAAUAAAUGAUGAAAUAAUAAAUGAAGAAAUAAUAAGUGAAAGAAUAGUAAAUGAAGAAGUCAUUGAUGAAGAUUGUUUUAUAGAUGAUGAACUUAAAACGCAAUCAUGUGAUGAUGACGAUUUAUCUUUGAAAACGGAUUUAAUGAGUCAUAUAGAACCUACUGAUAGCAGAGAUCUCGAAUUACAAUCUAUAGCAGAAGCUUUGAAACUCCGAAACAAAAUAACAAAAUAUAAAAAUAGUGAAGACUUGAAAUGUAAUAGAGAAAUAAAAAUAACAGCAAGGGAUGUUCAAGUGCAGAGAGGAUAUAUUGGGUGCCAAAGAAAAACUAUUGAACAGCAAUCUUAUGUGGCUGAGGUAUCUAAAAAACAAAGAGCUGUGGAAACUGAAACACAACAAAAAUCUAAGGAAGAAAAUGAACUUAUAUCUGGAGCACUUAAAGAAUAUAAAAUUAGAAGAGCAAAAGAAUAUGAAUUAUUAAGUAUAGAAUUAGCUGAAAAUAUUGAAACAAAAAAAUCCAAAGAAGCUGAAUUAAGAAUAGUUGAAGAAACUGCAUUAAAAGGAAUAGAUAAGAGAAGUUUGAAAAAAUUGAAAGAACCAGAAAAUAAUCAAUCGGUUGGGCAUACAAAUGUCAAUUUGUCAAAAAAUUAUGUAGUUCCUCCUGUACAUUUUAAGAAAAAAAACGAUUAUGUAGAAACUGAUACUAAUAUAGAACAAGGAUUGAUUGAAAGUAAAAAAGCGGCAACAAAUAUUGAAACAUUUAAUGUAAAAGAACGUGGAAUAAAGAAGUUAGUGGGAUCUGAAGGGAAAAGCACUAAAGGAAUAGAAACAAUUUCAACCGAAGCAAAAAUGAUCACUAGGACAAGGGGACUUAAGGGCGAAGAAAAGCUUAAAGAAUCAAAUGUUUCUAAAAAUAUGUCUACUAAACUACGAUCACAAAUUAAAUUUCCUGGGUCCUCAAUGUCUAGUGCAAGUCCAACUAGUGAGGAAAAUCCACCCAUUCCUAGUUAUGAGUAUAAAAAACUAACCAAAAAUACAGAUGAUACUAGUAAACGCAAUAGCAUUUCAAACACAUUAUAUGAUAAUAAGAACAAUAGAGAUUUAAACAUUGACUCUAAUGUCAUUGUUAGAAAAGAAAAUUUGAAUCGUGAAGUUAUUGGUAUUCCAAGAACUCGUACUCGUUCCUCAUCUUUUAAGCAAGUUACAAUUUCAGAAACUAGGUCUUCUAAGAAAGACCAAAAUAAUGGUGCAGCUGUCAUUCCAAAAGAAACGGUGGGAACAAAGACCCUAGUUUCAACUUCUACACACCCCGAUCAUCGGACUACAAGAUCGAAAAGUCCCCCAAAAACUAUUUUAAAUAAACAUACAUUUGAUGAUGGUGGUAAAACAUUGGUUAUCCCUGUAGUAAUGUUAACUACAAGUGAAAUUCCACUUCACAAAAUACAGCAACGAUCAGUUACCAGCUUUAUUAAGCAACAAGAAAUUAAACCAACACAUGACCAAAGUCAAAAACAAGUUGUAACUGCAAAGCAGUUAGUUAAGUCGCCUCCUAAGAAACGAGGCCGCAAACCUCGAAUUAACAUUCAAAAUAAAAAACUUCAAGAGUCUUAUAGCAGUAAAAACAUCAUCAUAAAAACAACAUCUCAAAGUGAGGCAAAAAUGAGCACAUUGAUAAAAGAGAUAGAACCUUUGGCUAAAAGAACCAGAAGGAGUCUUGGGCUACGUGGGUUUAAAAAUAAUUCCACAAAUAAGCAGUUAGAUCAUUCUCAGCCACAUUCAACUGCAGUUCAGCCUUAUUCAACCGAAGUUCAGCUAUAUUCAACUGCAGUUCAGCCAUAUUCAACCACAGUUCAGCCAUUUGAAUAUAAAGGAAAAUUUGGAAAGAUGGAUUUUAUUAAAAAAAGACAAUGCGUGACGAUUAUGAAAUUUAUUUAUGACAAGAUAUGUGAAGAUUUAAAAACUAUUACAAUUCUUAACGAAGAAGUUAUGAGUGUUUCUUCACAAGUGCAUGUGUUAAGAUGUCCAGUUGACUUACAUGAUAUUAAUAGAUUUAUCAUUUCUGGACAAUUAAUAAGACUUGGCGACCUUAUGGUAAAUCUUAUGGUCUUGUCGUACAAUGCUGCAAUGAUGAACAAGUCUACCUCUAUAAUUUCUAGAAGAGCUUAUAGAUUUCAAUUGGAUCUUAAAAAGAAGUAUCAGAAACUUUUAAAAGCAGUUGGUGAACAUGAUUCUGACUUUCAAAAUGUGCCUGUAUUAUGUACCUCGUUGGGUAUAAAAGACUAUUCUUCUUUUAAUGUGAAAUAUACUGAAGACGAUUUGGAAGAAAUUCAUCAGUUUUUUACUCUUAACAAAAAAUCAUUUAAUGAUAUGGAAUAUGAUUAUUUUGAUUCUUCUAGCUGUGAGUCCGCUGAUUCUGAUUGUGAUACUGAACCACCUAAAAAGAAAAGAAAAAUAAACAUGUCCGAUUCUUUUAGUUCCGAAAGUGAAUAAAACUCUUUUGAUAAACAGAAUUUUAAUAAUUAUCUCAUAUGCCCUUUGUUUAAUAUAUAUUGUUUUAUUAAUAACUAUAAUUUGUAUUCAUUGUUUU